UUACAUUCAUCUUCGAUUCAAUUGGCGGUUAACUGUUAACCUCAAGUGGAGUAAAAUUUACUGCUUACUGUUUUCCUCCGCUACGGAAACCAAACCCAGUUUCCAGAGAUGAGGAGGCAUGGAGGUUUGAAGUUAAGAGCCAAAACCUCGCUUUUUGUGCUCACCGCCGCCGGAGUCGCCGCCUACGGCUCCUCCGACUCUGCCGAUACAGCCAAUUUUCCCCUUAGCUUCUUAAACAGCGUCGUUCGCUCCUCCCGCGCCCUCUUUACCAUCACUUCUUGCGUGCUUGACUACAAGUACUCAUUGCACGGUUUACUAGCUGAUUCCGACGAGUAUGGAUCCACAUUAUCGCAGAUCCAUCUAAGGUCAGCUAGAAGGAUCCAAAACUUAUGUGACACCAACAAAGGUUUCUAUGUAAAGGCUGGGCAGUUUGUUGCUGCAGCACGACAAGUUCCUAGAGAAUAUUCAUCUACUCUUUCAUCUUUACAAGAUCAGGCAGUUCCAUGUAAUUUUGAAGCUGUCAAGGAAGUUAUAGUAAAGAGUCUGGGGAAAGACAUGUCAGAGAUAUUUCUAUCGUUUGAUGAGCAACCAAUUGCUGCUGCAUCAAUUGCUCAGGUACAUCGUGCCGUCUUGAAGGGCCAUCAGGAGGCAGCUGUCAAGGUCCAAUAUCCAGGAUUAGAGUAUCAAAUGAAAUUUGAUCUUGCUACAAUGUCUUUACUCUCCAGAUCAGUUGCAUGGUUGUUCCCGGAGUACAGGUUCGAGUGGAUGGUAUCAGAAUUUACAAAGUCUAUUGCGUCUGAACUUGAUUUCAUUCAAGAGGCUAAAAACUCAGAGAGAGCAGCAAAUAAUUUUAAAAGCAACAAGAUGGUCAAGUUCCCUUAUGUUUAUUGGGAUUUCACAUGCAAGAAGGUGUUGACAAUGGAAUUUUGUGAAGGACAUAAGAUUGAUGAUUUGGAAUAUUUGAAGCGAAUGGGAAUCAAUCCACUUGAGGUAGCCAAAACCCUCAUAGAUGUCUUUGCUGAGAUGAUAUUUGUUCAUGGUUUCCUCCAUGGUGAUCCGCAUCCUGGAAACAUAUUAGUUUCUCCAGAGGGGCACAGUGGCUUUUCAUUAGUCAUUCUGGAUCAUGGGAUCUAUAAACAGUUGCCUGAAGAAUUCAGAAAAAGCUAUUGCCAUCUCUGGGAUGCCUUAAUUAGACUUGAUUCACAAAAAAUACAGCAGCUGGGUGAAACCUUUGGUGUUGGGAAGUAUGCCAAAUAUUUUCCUGUUAUAUUUACUGGAAGAACCAUUAAUAGUAAAUCAGUGCUUGGGAGAGGAAUGUCGCCUGAAGAGAAGAAACAUUUAAAGGAUGAAGUGAAAUCUUUAAAAAUGGAGGACGUAUCUUCUUUCAUGGAGUCAUUGCCCCCUGAGUUUCUAACCAUACUGCGGACCGAUGGGCUGCUAAGGUCCUUGAUUAGCAAAUUAGGUGCUCCUCAACAAACCCGACUGCUGAUUUAUGCUAAAUGUGCCUUCCGUGGUCUCUCUGCUGAGGCAAGUUCUGAAUCAGUGUAUGUUGGAUCCAGAUUGAAGACGAGUAUAAGAUACAUUCAGCUGAGGGUAAUUCUGGGUAUUAUGGAGUUCGUGAGCUACGUGGAUGAAAGAGGACGCUCGUUGGCUACAAAACUGAGACAGUUGAUGUAUCAAAUAUGGAGUUUAGCUCCCAUUCUCUUCUCAAAUUGAGAGGUCAUUCCUUAUAGUUACAGAAUUUGUAGCAUCGAAUGAAGUUUGUUAUAGUGAUUAGUGGUGGACGCCAAUUUUGGUUCAUAAUAUUUUUGGGCAAAAAAUGGGAAACAUUAUGAUGUACUAGUAACCUUUGUAUUAGAUUAAUAUGAAUAGUACAAAGAAAUGCAAACAAAGUGUAUUUGAUUUAACCACUAGUAUGAAGAAAAUCCAAAAUUCACUUUCAAUGAAA